AAGAAGAGGAGGGUCAGAGAUCUAAACUGCAGCCAUGGUUCUGGAGGACGAGUGCGACUCUGUCUUUGAGCAGCAAAUCACUGAGGAACAUGUGGAGACCCAGUAUGGGAACGUUCACUGCACCAUGACAGGAUCUCCGAAGGCGAACCGCCCUGUGAUCCUCACCUUCCACGAUAUCGGACUGAACCAUAAGUCCUGUUUUGAGACUUUCUUCAACCACGAGGACAUGCACGAAAUCCUCAGACAUCUGCCUGUUUGUCACGUCGAAGCUCCAGGACAACACGAACAAGCCAAAACUCUUCCCACUGCGUAUACUUAUCCCACCAUGGACCAGCUGUCUGAAGCUCUGCCUGCUGUCCUCAAACACUUUGGGUUGCGGAGUGUGAUUGGCCUGGGAGUCGGAGCAGGAGCUUACAUCCUGGCUAGAUUUGCUCUGAAUCACCCUGAUCUGGUGGAUGGAUUAGUUCUCAUCAACAUCAACCCCAACGCUGAAGGAAUCAUGGACACUGUGGCAAACAAGAUCACUGAGUGGACCCACACUCUCCCAGACACAGUCAUCACACAUCUGUUUGGAAAGGAAGAGAUCCAGACCAACCACGACCUCAUAGCGACGUACCGUCACCACAUCACAACCACCAUGAACCAGGCCAACGUCAGCCAGUUCUUGCGCUCAUACAACAGCCGUGGCGUUCUGGAGGUGGAGAGGCCUGUUCCUGGAGGAAACAUCAACGUCAGGACCCUCAAGUGCCCCACUCUGCUGCUGGUAGGAGAUAAUUCUCCUGCUGUGGAGGCUGUGGUCGACUGCAACUCCAAACUCAACCCCACCAAGACCACACUGCUCAAGAUGGCCGACUGUGGAGGACUUCCUCAGGUGGAUCAGCCGGGCAAAGUGAUCGAAGCCUUCAAAUAUUUCAUCCAGGGCAUGGGAUACUUGUCCAGCGCCAGUAUGACCAGACUUCGCUCUCGGACGACCUCCAGCUCCAGCGUUUCCUCCUUCGACCUCCCUCGUAGCCGCGCACACACCAACGAUCUGCAGCGAGGCCGGACACAGUCUCACGGCACCGAGGACAAGCGUGGACGCUCGCACACCGACGUCUCCAUGGAGAGCAUCUCCAACCAGAACAUCUCUAAGACCACUGAGGUGGCCUGCUAG